ACAGAGUCUGCCGCACGCCGCACGGUAGAUCUAGCAGAUGGCAAACCGAACAGAAUUUCCCCAGAAAGAACGAGGUUUUCAAGGUCAUCAAGUUGUUCAAUCCCCAAGUAAUCAAUGCCUUGCUGAUAUUGCCAAGGACCUGAAGUUUGAUUUAAAUGAUGAUGAACUUAAAGAAUAUCAAGAGGUGAUUGCAAGUUAUUGUGAGACAACUUUCCAAAGGUUAUACCAUUUACCUGAACCAAAGUUGCCAGUGAAGUAUCCCCGAAUGAUUGGAAAACAGCCUUCUGCAGAGGAAAAUCCAUUCAAUGCUUGGUAUUGGAAAUGUGAUAUUUCUGGCGCUCCUGAGGGUAAACUACUUGGUAAAACCAUCGCAAUGAAAGAUAACAUCCCAGUUGCUGGUAUUCCAAUGAUGAACGGGUCGCAACUUCUGGAGGGUUAUAUUCCAGAUAUUGAUGCGACUGUUGUGACCAGAGUGUUGGAUGAAGGCGGACGAAUUCUUGGCAAAGCCGUCUGUGAAAAUAUGUGCCACAGUGGAGGAAGUUUUACAGCUGCAAAUGGACUCGUAAGGAACCCUAUUGAUCCUUCACGAAUGUCUGGAGGAUCCUCUUCAGGAUGUGCUGUUCUGGUUGCCAAUAAAGACGUAGACAUGGCUAUAGGAGGAGAUCAAGGGGGCUCGAUACGCAUGCCAGCAGCAGCGUGUGGAAUUGUGGGAUUAAAACCAACAUUCGGUUUAGUACCUUACACUGGGAUAAUUCCAACUGACCCCACGAUAGACCAUACGGGACCGAUGGCGAGAACUGUUUCUGACACGGCAUUGUUGCUCGAGGCGAUAGCUGGUUACGAUGGUGGCCUGGAUCACCGUCAACCAAGUGAUAUCAAGACACCCUGUUACACAAAGGAGUUAACAGGCGAUAUUAAAGGUAUGCAUGUGGGUUUGCUUAAAGAAGGUUUUGAUACAACUUUGGAGGCAGAUGUGAAUUCACUGGUGAGAACAUCAGCGUUAAGGUUAACUGAGAGAGGCGCUAUAAUUGAAGAGGUGUCAAUACCGUGGCAUCUAAAUGCCAAAGAUUUACAUUUUGGUAUUUGCAUGCCGAGAGCCUUUAUGGCGCUACUUGAAGGGGAGUGUUCAGCCACCCAGGGAUAUCACAACACCCAUCUACAGGUUGCUAUCUCCCGUGGACGUCAAUGCCAUGCUAAUGAUUUCCCACCUAACUCGAAACGUACACUUUUGUUCAACAGAUAUCUUCGUGACAAUAAUUAUGAUGGGUAUUAUUAUACCAAAUGCCAAAAUUUACGACGUGAUUUACGUCAAGCAUAUGAUGACGCGUUCAAGAAAUAUGAUGUCCUAAUCAUGCCAACUAUUCCUAAGACAGCAUCAGAAUUUCCUUCAAAGAAUCCGUCUUUGUCAGAAUACCUUAAGAAAGCAUACGAGAUGAACGUAAACACAGCAUCAUUUAAUCUCACGGGUCAUCCCUCUUUAUCCAUCAACGCUGGAUUUGCGCAUGGGUUACCAGUUGGAAUGAUGAUUACUGGUAAAAUGUUUGACGAAAAGACCGUACUGAACGUGGCAUACGCUUUUGAACAAUUACGGGAAGGAAGAAGGGCUGAAAGUGACUGAAAUUGUUUAACUUUCUAGGAAUAGCUGAUAUAAUCACUGCAAUCUCUGCGUGCGUAUAACAAUUAGAAAUGAUAAAUCGGAUUUUUAUCAUGUUGAAUAAAAUAAUAGAAUUGCUAUUUUAUUUUGUUUCAAUAAAGACGAUUCUUAAU